AUAUAUAAAUAUCUGACAAAGUUACUGUCAAUCUGCUAAAUACAGGUUAUUAGCCAUAUAAGUGAUAUUUAAAUUCUAUUGGAAGAAAAAUAAUAAAAGAUUGUAUAUUUUUAUAUAAUUAGAAUUACAUUGAUGAUCAAGAUUCCUAACAAUAUGCGACGUUCUCAUUCAGGAGGUUAUAGCUACGAACCAUUACCAAGUACAUCUACUCACAAUGCCAUAGAAGACGAAAGUGAAAGAAUGACAGAAGAGUUAAAGCACAAAAUUCAUACUUUAAAAUCUUUAUCUAUUGACAUUGGUACAGAAGUAAAAUAUCAAGACAAACUGUUAAGAAAUAUGGAUGAUGAUUUUGAAAGAACGAGUGGCUCCUUAUCAGGUUCUGUGACACGUGUUUUGCGUUUAGCAAAAGCAGGCCAUAAUUAUUAUAUCCUAUACUUGUUCCUUUUUUCUAUAGCAGUAUUUUUUAUAUUGUGGGCAGUUUUGAGAUUUAAAUGAUUGUUCAUAAAAUCUAUAACUAAGAUAAAAUGUAUAUAAGAUGUAACUAAGUCAAAAUUGGAAAUUUUAAAUAAGUUAUGUAGUUGGCUUAUCUGUGAAUUAUAUGAAAAAGUUUAUUCUCAUUUUGUUAAGAUUGCAUUGUGGUAUACAUAUAUAAAAAUAUAUAUUAGUUAUUCUA